UUGCUGGGCUCCUGCAGAUUCCCCUGCUGAGUUGGGCGUCCCAGCUGCUACUGAGGAGCUCUCAGCCUGGCUGUGGGGAGGGCUUCAGGGAGAGGUGCAGACUGGCUCUCAGUCUCCAGGCUCUUCUCUCAUCUGACUCGCCUCAGCAUCGCGAUGGAGCCCAACAGCCCUAAAAAAAUACAAUUUGCAGUGCCACUGUUUCAAAGUCAAAUAGAUCCGGAGGCAGCUGAGCAGAUCAGAAAAAGAAGGCCUACACCAGCGUCACUUGUCAUCAUGAAUGAACACGUGCCUCCGGAAAAAAAUGAGAAGAGAACAAACAUCUCACUGGCAGAGCCCCAAACCGCUUCUCCCAAGCAAAGGAAGCAGAGUGUCUUCACACCACCUGCCCUUAAAGGCAUUAAGCAUCUGAAGAGUCAGAGUGAUUCAGCAUUUCCAGAGGAGGAAGAGGGAGUUAUUGAAAGGGAAGAGGAGUGGGGCCAUUAAACAGUAUUGAGCUGCCUUGAGCCCCAUCCCAGAGAGUGACUGAACCGCGCAGCCGUGCAUACGGCAGACCUUUUGCCACUGCUUGUGUCCCUGCACUGCAGCGUGCCAGUGGUGCCGAGGUUCCCUGGGCAGCAUCCUCAGAUGGGUUUUACAGCCACCUGCAAAUGUGUUCUGUGAUCCUUAUGCCCGAAGAUAACACAGUUGUUUUAAAGGAAUUUUUCUUUCAUUUUUCUAUGACCUAGAAAUGUAAUUUGCAAAUGUAUUAGUGACCUGAGGUCAGUACUGCCAGAGCUUAACUACUGUGUGUAAGCUGUACUCUAAGGCUUGUUGUAAAUAAAAUUGAUUUAAAAGCUACAAAAUAAAUAGUAUGUUCAUUUAGAUGAGAUUGUAUAUUGUACAAUGAGUUUUUCUAGAGCGCAGAGAAACUUUAAUAUAAAAUGAUUCUUUCAACUAAGGGCAGCUUUUACCAGUAGAGUUACUUGCAGUAAUGUAGAUAGAAACAAAGUAACCAGAGUUAGAAUGAUCCAAAAACAUUUUCCCAUGUUCUCUGGAUAUAAAAGGCUUGAAGUACUUCUCUUGCUUUUGGUCUGAGGCCAUCUGGUCACAUCAGCCACAAUGAUUUCCCUUUAUGCAAGAUUGUUUUUAUCUAGAGAAAUUAGAAAGUUUCAGUUUGGGAGUCAGAGGAAACAGAGGAAUGUAUGAGUCCCAUGAGAAGGGUUCCACAAAGUAGCUGAGUCGUGGGAAACGUCAAUAUUCACCUUUGUCACCUGCAGCAAACACAGGGUACAGCCUUCUCCCUGAAAGAGGGGCUGACUGCUCCUCCUUUGUCACCACUUCCAUCAGUAAAUGGCAGCAUACCAAACUGCAGUAAUGUAUGAUGUGCCUGAGCCCUAGAGUUUCUGGUUGAAGUCUGGUUCAUACCAAUGUUUUCAUUUGUUAGACUGUGCAAAUCCUAUGGCAUAAAAUUCAAUAAGAUGGAGAAGGAAAAACAUGUUUAUUCAAAGUCACAAUUGGAUCCUUUCCUUUUUUUAUU